GAGGACAUCAUGACCUGCCAGUUAAUUUAGCAUGCAUUUGGGGACUGGCAAAGGCAAGAAGCCAAAUGAGAAUCAUAUAAGAUGACAAGAGGAGAUUCAAAAAUCAUUUUAUACGAGGCCGGACUGAUAGAAAGAAAUCUGGACAUGUAGUUUGCAAAAGAGAAGACUUUGGGGAAUGUUAUCAGGAUCCUCCUAUUUGAAGAGAUGUGCUUUAGAAGAGACACGAGACUAGUGAAUGUGGUAUGGUUUAAUGGAAAGACAUGACCAGGGCUGGAAUCUGGACUCUACCAUUUACAACCAGUGUCUGACUUUGGGUUGUGGGUGCUACAUGUAUGCUUUCAGAGCUGUAGUGUGAGGAAGCUUGAAGUGGGAUGGCAGGACGCCUUCAUCCUUAUGACAGUAACUCCAGUGAUCCAGAGAAUUGGGAUCGGAAAUUGCAUAAUAGACCUCGUAAACUUUAUAAACACUCAAGUACCCCAUCUCGUGUUGCUAAAGGAGGAGUGGACCACACCAAAAUGAGCUUACAUGGUGCUAGUGGUGGACAUGAGAGAUCCAGAGAUAGACGAAGGUCAAGCGACAGAUCUCGUGACUCAUCCCAUGAGAGAGCAGAAUCGCAACUUACUCCAUGUAUUAGAAAUGUUACUUCUCCCACUCGACAGCAUCACAUUGAACGAGAAAAAGAUCAUAGUUCUUCCCGUCCAAGUAGUCCUCGUCUUCAAAAAGCAUCCCCCAAUGGUUCCAGUAGCAGCGUUGGAAACAACAGCAGAAACAGUAGUCAGUCAAGUUCAGAUGGUGGUUGUAAGACUUCUGGGGAAAUGAUAUUUGUAUACGAGAAUGCAAAGGAGGGAGCUCGAAGUAUAAGAACAUCAGAGCGAGUAACACUAAUUGUGGAUAAUACUAGAUUUGUUGUAGAUCCAUCUAUUUUUACUGCACAGCCAAAUACAAUGUUGGGCAGGAUGUUUGGAUCUGGAAGAGAACACAACUUCACACGUCCUAAUGAGAAAGGAGAGUAUGAAGUAGCUGAGGGAAUUGGUUCUACUGUAUUUCGAGCUAUUUUGGAUUAUUACAAGACUGGAAUAAUCCGUUGUCCUGAUGGCAUAUCUAUUCCUGAGCUAAGAGAAGCGUGUGACUAUCUUUGUAUCUCUUUUGAAUAUAGUACUAUAAAAUGUAGAGAUCUCAGUGCCCUCAUGCAUGAAUUAUCAAAUGAUGGUGCUCGUAGACAAUUUGAAUUUUAUUUAGAGGAAAUGAUCCUCCCUCUCAUGGUGGCCAGUGCCCAAAGUGGUGAAAGAGAGUGUCAUAUAGUGGUACUCACAGAUGAUGACGUGGUUGAUUGGGAUGAAGAAUACCCUCCACAGAUGGGAGAAGAAUAUUCACAGAUUCACCUUUUAAGGGAGAUAACUCCACCUGAAAGAGAGAAGGCGAGGAGGGUCCAUCUGUCUAACUCCCUGAAGUCCCCAGCACAUUUGGAAGAUUCAUCAUGUUUUAUUUAUAGCACAAAGUUGUAUAGGUUUUUCAAAUACAUUGAAAAUAGAGAUGUGGCCAAAUCUGUCUUGAAGGAGCGAGGUCUUAAGAAGAUUCGAUUGGGUAUAGAAGGGUAUCCCACUUACAAAGAGAAAGUCAAGAAAAGGCCUGGUGGGCGCCCAGAAGUCAUCUACAACUAUGUCCAAAGACCAUUUAUUCGCAUGUCCUGGGAGAAGGAGGAAGGAAAAAGUCGGCAUGUGGACUUCCAGUGUGUGAAAAGUAAGUCUAUCACAAACCUAGCAGCAGCUGCCGCAGACAUUCCCCAGGACCAGCUGGUGGUCAUGCAUCCAACACCUCAAGUGGAUGAGCUGGAUAUUCUACCUAUUCCUCCUCCUCCUGGCAGCAAUGAGAUGGAUCCUGAGGGACAGAGUCCAAUGCUGUGAUGGAGGCAGCCCAUCUUACAAAUGCUAGCAUGCUCCUCUCACCAGUGAUGCUGCCCUCAUUCUUCGGCACUGCAAUGCCGCUGUUCUUCAUUGUGAAAUGCACACACCAGUGUUUAGGAGAUUGCAGUGUGGACUUUUUUUUUAAAAGACCAAAGGUAUCAGUCUGACAUCCUGAGGUUCCACUUAUAUAAAUGUAUUUGUUUACCAGUAGGUUUGUGAAAUUGGUUCUUUGUAUGCUGGACAGUUCUCUCACGUUUAGAAAUGGUGGGAUUGGCAGUAGGGGGUACUGGUGGACCUUCACCAUAGACUUUGGCCACAGCCCGGACAAAAUGCAGUGACACAAUAUUGAUAGUAGCACUUUAUAAAUGGUGGUUCUGUGGAAUUCUUAAAGCCAUUUUUUAUAGUUGUGAUGCACAAUACAAAUUUAAACAAGUGCUCCUAUCAAAGCCUCUUCAGCAAAAAGUGGAAAUGCAGUUGGCAUCUGUUAGUAGGUUUUGCUGCUCACUGUCGAGUGAGCACAAAGUGUAAGUAUUUACCACUGGGCUCGUUGAAUGAUUAGGAUGAUAUUCAGUAGCUGUUUAGUCUGUUUCCCAGUGCAGUUUUUCACUCAUUUUGUGUGAGUCACAUGCAGGGAUGUGAACAGCAGAGGUGAUUUAUCAUCCAGUCUGCCUUAUCUUUAAUCUGUUCACAGAUAUUUAUUUACUGACAAGGUGUUUUCAUAAAUGUCAUGGGAUAGGAAUGAAGUGUUCACUUCUCGUUUACUAAAUGAUUGUAAACUUGAGUUUUUCAUUGAAAUAAACUUACAUUGUUUUCA